CAGUGUGAGUAUUUCAAUUCUCUGCUGAUCUGUAAUAGUUCAGAGGACAUUUAGAACUACAUGUGCUGAACCAACUUCCUCUAGUCUCGUACGUACACCCUCAAGGUGGAGCAUUCUCCACACUUCCUUGAUAGCUUUACACUUGACAAAAAGAUGAGCACCAUCUUCAUCAACUCUGCCACAGAAAAAGCACUUGGUGCUGUCCAGGUUGACGCAUCGUCGCUCAAGAUUAUUACAGAGGGCCAAAGAGUUGUGCUGCAAUCUCCAAACGAACAGUUUGAUAUUCUUUCGGCAGGCCAUAGACCAUAUUCUUUUCCAUGAUUGAUCAUUGCAAGCCUUCAGGUUGCCGGCCACAACUGUACUACUUCAGGCACUAGCUCCUUUCUUCUCCUUCUCCAACUGAAUAUGAAGCUUGUACGCACAAUUCACUUAAUGCUCGCCUUUUCUAUCAAGUUAUCAUGUCAUGAAACUUGAAAUGCGGAUUCUUAGAACUAAAAGGCCGACAGAGAAAUAUAGGAAGGAACUUACCAUAGCGCUGCUGUCUGCGGAGCACAGACACUCAGAUCUUCAGUCCAUGGUCAGCAGGCAGCAGCCACAUCACCUGUCGCCUCUCCUUAGUCAAGCCUGUCCCUUGGGUUCUGCUGAACUGGUUUAUUUUCCUCUGAAAAAUCGUUGCUGAACCUGUCAGAUUCAUUUGGACUUCGUCUCCCACGGUCUCACCCCCAUAUAUAUACUUUGCCUUUGCGUACACAUCCUCCACACAAUUCACCACCGGAUCUCCUACCGUUCCAGAUGUCCCCAACCAGCUUGUUUCCAGAUCAAUAUCGCCCAGGAUGUCCGCAAGCGCCACUGCUCCGGCAGCGUGUCUUUGUCCAUCAUCUGUGGGCGUUAUUCACAUAUAUAAUACUGACAGUGAGUUUGAUCUGUAAAAAAAGAUGCACCGGUUACUAAGUAGUCUUCGAUUUUCGCACACUAAGUUGAGGGGAUUUACAAGACAAACGAAUACAACAUGCGCUUACCUAGUAGCUGUGAAUGGGUUCCUCUUAUCUCCUACUAGCAUAGCUGGUGUUCUGUUCUGUUUACUCUGUUUUUUGUUAGGGGCAUAUCAGAUAUGAUCGUUUUUUUACGGUGUUUUGUAGCAUAAUUUAUGCUUUUAUUUGUAAGUUGCAGCGUUGAUUAUGGGGUCUGGAAAAGGUUUGGAUUGAGGUUGUAAUACCAGAACCUUUUGGGUCGAUCACAAAACUGUCUUACCAGUUUCAUUGAAUAAAUGAAAUUGGAGGUGGGAGCUCCUUAGUUCACCAAAGAUACUAAAAUGCCUGACUAGUGUAAACCCAACAGAACGCGUUCUGGUGAGAUAACGACUUCUGGUGGCGACGAUGGGUUCCUGGCUGCGGCACGACCAUCUACGCAUACUUCGGCGUGAGAUACGACCGGGACAUGCCCCAAGCGAUCCCGGCCAGGAACUGCACAUACACGUACCUGUCGGUCCUCGGGUGGGAGGCAGCAGUCUCAACGGUGGCCAACUACGACUGCCCUGCCUGCGUUGCGAGGGGGGGGGGGUUAUGUGCCGGUAAGCCUCCAAAUUAGUUUACAUAAUUCUAAUACUCAAAAUUACACCACGAAGCUACUAGCUGAUGAAAACUUGAAAUACAUAGCCAGUUUCCAGAAAAUCGGGAUAAACUGUAGUGAGAAAUGGGAUUCAAGCUUUAGUCCACGGCAGAUGUCUAAUCAAAGAUUUUGAUGUCACCGGAAAAUUGACAAUUCGACGACAGUGAUACUUUGACCAGCUCCGCAAUUGGUUUCCUUGACCUUCUCGUCUGUCAUUGGUUUGGAAAAGGGGUCUUCUUCUCUGGUUUUCACACUUGUAAGUACAUGCUACCACGGUGCAAGAAGAUGGAUCCGUUUCAUGUCCUGCAGCUGCCAUGCUUCGGCUCGGUGCCCACUGCCCUCCUCUCUAGCACCACCGAUGAUUCUUUCGUGGUCGUUGUCGUCGACGUCCUGCGAGCCAGCGUUAUGCGGUGGCCUCCUGGUCACUGAGCAGUAGGUAAGGAGGCGUUCAAACAUAAACCCGGACCGAUGACCUUCCUCCGGUUACUGGCAACCGGGCCCUGGGGACCCACCCGCCGGUGAGUGCCGUGGUGAUGUCCACUUCAGUCAAACUCCGUGACGACGAACAGUCAACACGUCCGGCAACCAUGCAUCAAUGUCCCGUUCCCGUGUGUACUGCUAGCUUCUUCUCACAAAUCUCCUCAAUUCUCAUCAUCAUCGGCUGCCGCUCUUCAAUGUACGCCUUCCUCUUUCAGCCUUCGGGAGCAUCGAUCCCUUAGCCGUUAAUUAGCCUCUUCAAUCUUCCAUUCCGUUGUAACAAGAUCCACCGAUGCAUCCGUUUCGUGCCCCGGCACCCGCCGCCGCCGCCGCCGUGCUCUGCUCGGCCACGCUGCUACUAUCUAUCGUAGCCACCCACGCCAUCAACACCACGACGACACCGUCGCUGUGGUCUUCCUGCGAGCCGGUGAUGUGCGGGGGCCUGCGCAUCACAUACCCGUUCUGGCUCGGCGCCACACACCCGCCAGAGUGCGGCUACCGGGCCUUCCGCGUCGCGUGCGACGGCGCCGGCAUGGCCUUCCUCGAGAACUCAUUCUGGAAGUACCAGAUCCUGGACAUCUCCUACGAUGACAGCUCAUUCCGGGUCACCAAUCUCGAGCUCUCCGACGGGACCUGCAACGUCGAGAUCCAAGUGAACGCCUCCUCGGAUCUCGGCCUCGCGCCCUUCAGCAUCAGCCACGCCAACCAGGAGCUCUUCUUCCUCUACAACUGCACCGACCUGCACGCAGGGCGGGGGCCACCUACGUGGGCGCCUUUGAACUGCGCCAACAGGUCGCACAACAACUCCUUCGCGUUGCUUGCUGGGGGUUACAAGCCGGACGACAAAUGGGCGGUGCCAGGGAACUGCACGGUGUCAAUGAUGCCGGUUCUCGGCUACCCGGGGGCGACUGGGGCAGACUACGGGCAGCUGAUGAAGGGUGGGUUUCGUCUCGGGUACACAGCCGGCAACUGCACAUCGUGCAGGGAGACCGGUGGGCUUUGCCGGAUCAACACCACCUACGAUAUCUUCGAGUGCCGCUGCUCUGACGGCGUGUCUGACUUCAUCAUCUGUCCUAGUUCAGGUAGCAAGGGGACUAGCAAGAAGAUUAUGCUAAUAGGUACUACAUCAGCAGCUGCAACCUUUCUCUUUGCAUGUCUUUAUGUGCUCAUAUGGAAUGGAAAAGGGAAAAGACUAUGGUUUCUCCUUUGCAAGAAGUCUAGCAGCAACACUGAGAAGAAUUACGAGGCCAUGAUAGUAUCAUAUGGAUCCCUGGCUCCAAAAAGAUACACGUACUCAGAGGUAAUGAAGAUAACUUCUUCUCGUAACGAUCAGCUUGGUAAAGGUGGUUAUGGUGUGGUUUUCAAAGGAAGACUACACGAUGGUCGUCUGGUUGCUGUGAAAUUCUUGCAUGAUUGCAAAGGAAAUGGAGACGAGUUUCUGAAUGAGGUUAUGAGCAUUGGCAGGACCUCUCAUGUUAAUGUUGUUAGCUUAUUUGGAUUUUGUUUGGAGGGAUCAAAACGAGCUCUUAUAUAUGAGUACAUGCCCAAUGGUUCCUUGGAUAAGUACAUUUACUCAGAGAACCCCAAAGAAAUUUUAGGAUGGGAGAGGCUCUAUGCAAUAGCAAUUGGGAUUGCUCGUGGCCUCGAAUACUUGCACCAUAGCUGUAAUACACGUAUCAUCCAUUUCGAUAUCAAGCCCCAAAAUAUCCUUCUAGACAAGGAUUUCAGCCCAAAGAUUGCUGAUUUUGGUCUAGCUAAAUUGUGUCAUACAAAGGAGAGCAAGCUUUCAAUGACUGGAGCUAGAGGAACAAUUGGAUUCAUCGCCCCAGAAGUUCACUCUCGAACCUUCGGGGUGGUUUCAACAAAGUCGGAUGUUUAUAGUUAUGGAAUGAUGCUUUUGGAGAUGGUUGGAGGAAGGAGAAAUGUAAAAUCAACUGUUGCAAAAUCCAGCGAAAAUUAUUUUCCAGACUGGAUUUAUGAUCACUUUGCGCAAGAUGAUGGAUUACAAGCAUGUGAAGUCACAGGAGAAAUUGAGGAAAUCGCAAGAAAGAUGACAUUAAUUGGCCUGUGGUGCGUACAGAUAUUACCUGCAUAUCGCCCUACCAUAACCAAAGUUCUAGAAAUGUUCGAGAGAAGCUCAGAUGACAUGGACAUGCCACCGAAGCAAAACUUCUCAGGAUUGCUUGAAAGUUCAGCUCACAAUAUGGAUGUACAGAGUUCAAGUUCUACCAGAUCCGAGGAGAUCAGCCUUGUGAAUUCAAAAAUUGUACAACAAUCGCCAACUCUUUGAGAAGAUAGGCCAUGUGAAUGAAAGAACCUACAUUCAUUUCCAGCACUGUGAGAAGGUGGCCUAUACUAGAGUACAUUCAGAAAUUGAACAGGCGCAGCAAAAUUCGCCAUUGUAGUAGAACAUAUUCCAUGUAUGCAUGUCCUAGAGUCCUAAUUGUGAUGAGUGUUGUGUUCCAAAUGCUAAAAGGCAUCGGAGGCAGACAGCUACCAAUGACUUCUUGACUGUAAAUUCCCCCAAAACUGAAUACACACGAUUUGGCUCUACCUGGAGCCCCUAAAAUUUCAGAAUUGGGAUGCA